GACCAGAGGAGAAACAACAGUCCUUCACCACUGUACUGUACUUAUAUUAUCUGCAGUCACUCACACACAAUUACCACAACAGCCCUUUACAGCCCUAACAUUUCACUGAAGAACAUAAGUGCUUCCAAUUCUGUUUUCUUUGUGUAUAAUGGAUUGUUUUGUGUCUUGAAAGUAGCUUGUCUUUUAGUCUCUUGCACCUGGAAAUAACAAACUUUGCACUGGACUGGUCAACAGCUGUGUUUGGAUGUGAAUUUGCUUGUGCGUGUACCUGCUUGUGUGCAAUGGUGCUUCUGUACUCUGGUAUAUGGGGGACAGAUGUUCAAUGUUCCUGUGUGUGCCUUCUGUCUGUAGUCCUGUCGGGACAUUCUCUCUAGGAGAAUGUUGUCGGAUGUGUGUAGAGACAAUGUAUGUGUUGUGUGUAUUCGUAGACAACGAGUUUGUGUGGAUGAAAGAGUGCGCAUGUGCAAUGUGUGUGUAUGUAUGAUUGUGUGUGUUUUGGAGAGCUACCGCCGGUUACACAGGCAGCGCUUGAAUGAGCAGUCUUUCGGUGCGUGUGAACUGUUGGGGCGAGAGGUAAUAUGACCACAGGCCCAGAGUUGGCCUCACUACUGAGCAGUAACAAAGUCUGCACAGUACAAAGGCACACUCAUUCAUUGUUAUUCCUUAAAUCCAUUUAUACAAAAUAAACACCAGCUCAAUCUUUCUUUCUCUUCCUCUCACAUCCCCCUCUCCUCACAUGUGCCAUUUUUACUGCAUGCUCAUCUGCUUUCCACAACUUCCUUUUUAAAAUCCAUCAAACCAUGUCAAGGGCAAGGUAUUGGUAUUUAGGAUUGUGAUGCACAUUUGCCAUGGUACUUUGAAUGUUUUUUUCAAUGUUCUCAUCCUUUCUUUUUCCAUUGAACUAUCUGUGUAUCUGUUUGUUUGUGACUGCUGUCUCCUCUCCUGCCAGGUCCAGAGGUCUGAUUGGAAAAAUCACACUGGUCAGAUUAGACUGCUUCCUACUGUAAUGGAUUUUCCUACCAUUGAGCCCAGGCACACAUUUCAGCCUAUUUCAUGUGGUUUUGGGAUAUUUCUGUGGGCUGGAGAGUGUGUGUGUCAUGUUCCUGAUGUGCACUGACCUGCAUAAACCCAUGAAGCCAAAGUGAACAAGCAACACAUCAUCUACCUCAGUAGGCUGUAUUCUUGAGAGAAGUUUAAUCCAGGACAAUGGUUGAUUUCUACAGACAUUUGGGUUGUGGAUUUACAGUAUAUGACAGGAGUUAUUAUGGAAGUCCUUUUUGCUAGAAAGACUAUUUGAACAAUAGUUAAUUGAAUGAAUCAUCAUGAUCCAUCUAAGACAGAAGUGAGAAACACAACAAGCAGCUAAUAGCCUCAACUUUCCUAUAACUCUUCUAAUGCAUUCUAAACUUUACAGGAGAGAGUAUUGCUGGAGUGGAGCAGAGAGACUAUUAGUGCUCUCUCUCUCUCAGGAGAAAGAUGCACCAUUAAGGCUAUCUGUGUCCAGGACUGAUCAGAGGAAAUGAAUGGCGGGACUGAGCCUUGCUGGCACCCCUACAUGACCAGAUGCCCUCUGAUUGUGGCGCCAUGAACAAGAUGAAGAACUUUAAGCGACGUUUCUCUCUGUCUGUCCCUCGCACUGAGACCAUCGAGGAAAAUGAGUUCACUGAGCAAAUCAACCAGCUCAACAUCCAACACACUCAGGCAUUGACUCCAGACAGCCUGACUCUGCCGUCACUGCACCCUGAGGCCAGUCCCAGUCCAGUGAGCCCUGACCCAGUCAUACCCGGAGCACAGUCCCCCUCCCAGCUCCAGUACCGCAGCAAAGCACCACACCGACGCUUCUCUAUGGAAGAUGUGAGUAAGCGUAUGUCUCUGCCCAUGGACAUCCGCCUUCCUCCGGAGUUCCUCAAGAAGCUGCAGAUGGAGAGAGAGAUGGAGAGUGAGAACAACUCUCCUCCCUGCAAACCCCUCAGCCGCAUGUCUCGACGGGCUUCACUGUCUGACAUUGGCUUUGGAAAGCUGGAGACGUACGUGAAACUGGGCAAACUGGGAGAGGGGACGUAUGCCACCGUUUUUAAGGGUCGGAGCAAACUGACAGAGAACCUGGUGGCGCUGAAAGAGAUUAGGCUAGAGCACGAGGAGGGAGCGCCCUGUACAGCUAUCAGAGAAGUGUCUCUACUGAAGAACCUAAAACACGCCAACAUUGUCACACUGCAUGACAUCAUACACACAGAACGCUCCCUCACUCUUGUCUUUGAGUACCUGGACAGUGAUCUGAAACAGUACCUGGACAACUGUGGAAACCUGAUGAGCAUGAACAACGUCAAGAUCUUUAUGUUCCAGUUGUUACGUGGUCUGUCCUACUGCCAUAAGAGGAAGAUCCUUCACAGAGACCUCAAACCUCAGAACCUGCUCAUCAACGACAAGGGAGAGCUCAAACUAGCUGACUUUGGUCUGGCACGGGCCAAGUCUGUCCCCACUAAGACCUACUCCAACGAGGUGGUGACUCUAUGGUACCGCCCCCCUGAAGUACUUCUGGGUACCACGGAGUACUCUACACCCAUCGACAUGUGGGGUGUGGGCUGUAUUCUAUUUGAGAUGGCGACAGGUCGUCCCAUGUUCCCCGGCUCCUCAGUGAAAGAGGAGCUGCACUUAGUCUUCAGAAUCAUUGGUACCCCAAAAGAAGACAGCUGGCCAGGUAUCUCCAAUAAUGAUGAGUUCAGAUCCUACAUGUUCCCCGAGUACAGACCUCAGCCACUCAUCAACCACGUGCCUAGGCUGGAUACUGAGGGGAUUGACAUGCUAACUGCUUUACUCCUGUAUGACACUAGGACCAGAGUCUCAGCUGAAGCAUCUCUUAGACACCCCUACUUCCUCACCCUGGGAGAGAACAUCCACAGCCUUGCAGACACCUCCUCUGUGUUUUCUCUCAGAGAAAUUAAACUACAGAAAGACCCAGGCCACCGCAGCUCAGUGUUCCAGCCUCCAGGUCGGGGGAAGAACAGAAGGCAGAGCAUAUUCUAAAGGACGACCAGCCGAUGGAGUGCAGACAGGGCGAGAGAAACCCUCAAGGAGGAAUCGGCUUUGAAGACAAACACACUCCAAUCCCUCAUACAAACAGAAAUACAAAUGCAAACACAAACAUCCAGGUCACAUCAGUCUAACCUAAAAGGUAUUUCCUGGUUAAAUAAAGGUUCAAGUUAAAUUUACACACACACAUCUAAUCCUCUCCAUCCCCACAACAGAGGAUGGAUACAGACAGGGUUUCUGAGAAUAAACUAGCACUACACCUGAAA